AUGCAACAGGAAGGUCAAUUAAGACUAUUAACGUUCAAAGUAGAGACUCUGAUGGAGAUAUAUCAUGACCUCCCGCAGGACGCUGAAACCGAAGAGGACCUCACCCUAGAAGAAUUAGACGGGCACAAGGGGAUAAUCGAGGCAGAAUGGAGCGAGUAUUUUCAGAUUUAUGCCAAUCUAGCCGAGUUUCUUCCCCCUGAUCACGAGUAUGUCAACGAAAUGAUCCAUGAACGAGCCACCAGGACAAGACGACAAGCCCUGAUGCUCAUUGCUCGGCUGAAGGGUCAACUGGCAAGGAAGAAGGACUCAAUUAGCAGCUCAACGGAUCAAAGCCAGGCAAAUCAGCUGAAGCGUCUUGACAUCAAGCCAUUUGAUGGGAAACCGGAGGAAUGGAAGGAGUUCAGUGACCUUUUCUUGUCACUGGUGAGAAAUGUCACGUCAAUUCCACCAGUACAGAAAUUGGUGAGACUUAAGGGAUGCCUGAGAGGUCCUGCAGCAGCUCCCCUCUCUACCUUUCAGGCCAAAAACGAAAACUACGAAAAGGCUUGGCAGAAACUCACCAGGAAGUACGAGGACCCUAGACUCGUCGCUCAGUCGCUGUUCAACAGAAUCCUGACGCUGCCGAAAAUCACCCAAGCAACAGAAGAGAACCUCAGCGCCAACGGAGCAGCCGCAUUGGAGACCCUCGAUCAACUACAACGGAAAACAGCGCUGAACAGCUGA